ACGCGGAUCACACAACACAUGGUACCCUCGAGCCCUGCGCCCAGGCGGGCAUGGAUGUGGCCGCAUCCCGCAUCGGCAGGUUUAUCCGGGAGCGAAACGCGUCACUUCGCUGCCGCCUGCUCUUGUGAAGGGCACAGGGGGCCAGAAGUUCCAGGCUGGGCUCUGCAAGGCCGGCCUGCGCCUGGCUCCCAGCCGGACUCCAACAUUCAUUAACCCUGUGUGACAAGAUCUCUGCCAGCUGGACACACUCACCCAGCCUGGGCCCUGGGAGGAGGGCAUGAGAGCCCCCUCCGUUGUAAGUUGAAAAUCUGGGGGAGGACUGGAGAAAAGGAGCAAUCUUCCCUGGGUGAGGGGGCCUCCUGGGAGGAAGAGCAAGGUGUAGAGGAGGGGUUAAGAGCCCGGGGCUCUAGAGGCAGAGAGCAGUGGAUUCAAAUCCUGACCUUUUGGUAAAAUUAUUCAACCACUCCGUGACUCAGUUUACCUAUCUGCCAACUGGCGACAAUGGUACGUUCUAGGAUUGUUAGAAUAUCGUAAAGGGCACUCACGCACUGCCUGGCACCCAGGCAGAACUUCAUCCUACUAUUAUUGUUGUUAUUGGUAGCUUGGGGGCGGGACGCUGCCACCGGCCUCCCCAGCGGUUUCCUGUGAGGGAGCCGGCGGCCCCGCGGGCCUCGCUCCCCCUCCUCCCAGUCGCUCGCUCCUCUCCCCUUCCUCUCCCGGCCCUUUUCCUCCCCGCCUCCCCCCGCCCCGCCCCGCCCCGCCUCUUUCCUCGGAGGAAACUUUCCGCUGGCUGGUCCAUCGGCCCGUGUCCGGCCCGCGCUGCCGCGGCCUGGGAGCCGAGAGGGGCAGGCGGGGCGGCCGGGACCGGACGGGGCGGCAGCGGCCGGGUCCAGGGUGUAUGCGGCGGCCGGACGCGCCGGGGCCGGCAGCGGGGAAGCGGGGCGCUGACGGCUGGCCGGGGGGCUGCCCUUCCACCCCCGGAGCGCAGCAUGGACGCCCCCCGAAGGGACAUGGAGUUGCUCAGCAACAGCCUGGCGGCCUACGCACACAUCCGCGCUAACCCCGAGAGCUUCGGCCUCUACUUCGUGCUGGGAGUCUGCUUUGGCCUGCUGCUAACGCUGUGCCUACUAGUCAUCAGCAUCUCCUGUGCGCCCCGCCCGCGGCCCCGGGCCCCUGCUCCGCGCCGGGACCCCCGCAGCAGCACCCUGGAGCCCGAGGACGACGAUGAGGACGAAGAGGACACGGUGACGAGGCUGGGCCCCGACGACACGCUCCCAGGCCCAGAGCUGUCCGCCGAACCCGACGGGCCCCUGAGCGUCAACGUCUUCACGUCGGCGGAGGAGCUGGAGCGGGCACAGCGCCUGGAGGAGCGCGAGCGGAUCCUGAGGGAGAUUUGGCGCACUGGACAGCCGGACCUGCUGGGUACUGGCACGCUGGGGCCCAGCUCCACGGCCACAGGCACCCUGGGUCGUAUGCACUAUUACUGACCCGUCCCGCUCCCGCUGCGAGGCACUCUGAGUACUGGUCAGGGGCGUGAACUCAGAGCUGCCCCAGGACGUUGGAACUGCCCCUGCCUGUGGUGCUAUGGAGGCCCCACCCCCCACAGCUUCCUCAGUGCUGUUGCGCAUGGAUCCCCACCUUCCGGGACCCCCAGUCCUGCCAGAAAGCCCGUGGGGGACGACAGGACACAGGAUCCCCAGCCUCUCUCUGGGGACCGGUUAAGAGAUGAAGUGACCAAUGAAAACUGCAUUCUCAGUGA